AAUAAUAGACAAUUAGACAAAAUUAAAAACAUACUUCUUAGUUGACAGCUGGCUGACCCUUUAAACAAUUUGAUUCCCUUAAAUGUGUGUAAAGGACGUAAUACGAUUUUGUUUUGCUGUUUUUCAUUUAUACUUCAAGUGAUAAAAGCUCAUUAAUAAUCUGAUUAAAGAAAUUAACUUAUACACUUAGAUGAGGAAAUCAUAGUAUUAUAUACGUAUGAUAUAAUAUUUGUUAAAGUCGUGUGAAAUGAUUUCUAGUUGAGAUUUUAAGGUCAGAAUACAAAAAUGGGAUCCAUGCGACCAACAGGUCGUUUUCUCUCAUUCGCUAAUAACAUUCAGAGAACACAGAAACAGACUGUGCCGAGUGGAUUUCCUCAGAGCUUGUCCGGUAGUGAAACAGAUGUCUCAACAUCUAAUGAAAAUUUGUCCAGAGAGGAAAGGUAUGUCGUUAGACACACAGCUCGCGUAGAGCCACAGGGCCAAGAGAAUCAGAGUCAAUCAAACAACAAUAACAAUAAUAGGAAUUCCCUUAAGGAUAAUGUGUCAGGCAGCAAUCGAAAUUCACUGAAAGAUUCAGUGGGUGGUGGCAACAGCAACCGCAGUUCACUCGAUGUAUCAUCUUCCUCUUACAACACUCUUAUAAUACAUAACCAAGAUGACUCAUGGUCGUCGCGACCAACACCUAUUCGAGAACACGAACGAACCACUAGUGAAGUUAAGCAUUCAAAUACCCAAUCAUCUCCAUACCACACAUUAAAAAAGUCAGAGAUUGGUAAGAAGCCCAGCGGUAUACCUCUACCUAAAAUGCAUAAAGAACAAACAGUAACGGCAAGUGCUAAUUAUAUAGACGUCGGAGGUCAGAGGAUUUACACUAGUCCACCAGAUCAUGGUGUACAGGAGAUAACCGAGAUACCAGAUGACUUCCUAAACCAGUCGUCUGUACUAAAGCACCUCGCUAAGGAGGUGGCGCAGUCUCCUCCUCCCGCCUCUCCGCGACCUCGCGCGCCCUCCAAGCCACGCGACGAACGGAAAGGGAAAUCAUCCAAGGCCAAGCUGAGCAAGGAGAAGCUUAACCUGUCGCGGUCGCAGCCCGAUUUGACCAGCGUCGGCGUGCGCGCGGCGCCCGGCGGCUCGGAGUCCAGCGGCUGGUGCAGCGGCGGGGAGGGUUCGCUGGCGGAGCCCGACGACGCCUUCGCCGCCGUGCUGGACGCGCUGGCGGCGGAGAACCACCAACUCAAGCGGCAGCUGGCCGACGCCUGCGAGCGCGUCGCCAAGACCGACAAGUCUUUCCUGCUAUACAAGUUGGAGGAGGAGGUGGAAAAGGUGCGCUCGGCGCACGAAGAGCUGGUGGACUCGUGCGAGCGUCGCGAGCGCCUCGAGCGCGCCGCGCGCGUGCGCCUGCAGGCCGACUGCCGCCGCCUGCACGACCUCAACCGCGCGCUCAAGCAGCAGGUGGAGCUGCUGUCGCAAGGCGUGCGCGCAGAGGGAGAUAGCAGCAGCGAGGCGCUGCGCAAGGAGCUGCAGAGUAGGGAAAUGCUGAUCGCGCAACUAAUUACGCAGAACAAGGAGCUGGCGUGCGCGAAGGAGCGGCAGGAGAUCGAGAUGGCGGCGCAGCGCGCCACGCUGCAGGAGCAGCGCACGCACAUCGACAUACUCGACACCGCGCUCACCAACGCGCAGGCCAACGUCGUGCGCCUCGAGGACGAGUGCCGGCACGCGGGCGGGUACGUGGAGCGCGUGCUGGGCCUGCAGCGCGCGCUGGGCUCGCUGCAGCAGGCCUCCGACCGGCGCGAGCACACGGAGCGCAAGCUGCGCGCGCAGCUGGAGACCGAGCUGCAGGCGCUUCGGUCGCGCGAGUGCGCGUGCGCGGGCGCCGCGGGAGCCGGCGCGUGCGGCGAGGCGGGCGCAGAGCCCGAGCUGCGGCGCGCGCUCCGCGAGCGGGACGAGCGCCUGAUGGCGCUGGAGGGCGAGUGCGCCAAGUGGGAGCAGCGCUACCUGGAGGAGGCGGCGCUGCGCCAGGCCGCCGUCUCCGCCGCCUCCAUACCCAAAGAUGCUAAAAUAGCUGCGCUCGAAAAGACGUCGGCUGAGUCGGAGAGGCUGAUGGCGGAGGCGCGCAGCGAGAAGAUUCGACACAUGGACGAGCUGCACUCUGCGCAAAAGAAAGUGGCCGACCUCGAGAGCAGAGUCAAGGAGCUCGAAUCGAAGGUGGCCGAGCGCGAUGCGAUGAUAAAGGUGCUACAGAAACACACGAGCGCGGCAUCCCUGCGAAACAACUCCAGUCGCGAAGAACUCGUGGGGCUGUCGUCGGGCGCGUCGUUCUCGUCGGCGGAGGGCGUGUCGGCGGGCGCGGCGGCCGUGGCGGGGCGCUACCGCCACCUCGCGCGCCGGAACUACUCGCCGCACAACGACAACGCCAGCGGUUGCGGAUUCGACAGUUCGUCGCUCCGACUGGAGGAGCAGUUGGCGGCACUGGAGUCACGGCUGGAGCGGCCGCCCGUGCCCGCCCGAGGUCUGUGCUGCUUCCCCGGGCUCACGGCAGUGGGAGGUCGCGGGGGCGGGCGCGGCGAAGAGGCAUUGUUGCUGGAGCGUCAGGGACGAGCCUCACAGCAAACGCGCUCCUCUAGUCUGCCGCCACCGCCCUCCGCCCUGCCGCGCCCUCCACGUAAGCCCUCUGCCAGGAAUACAAGAUAUGACCGACUCGAGCACAGAGAUGCAAGAAAGGACUCGGACGGAUCAGGUUCAAUAGCGUCUACAGCGUCACGUAGCUCCCCUUUACCGUAUGACACGGUCCGGAAGUUGCCUUCCGUGCCUACGUCAGCGUCCCUGCCAGCGGCGGAGUCGCGUGAGUCGCUUGUACGGCCGCGCGACUCGAGUCUCCCCUCACCUUCCAAGCUGGCGGUGUACGCUGCCGCCCGCCGUCGCUCAGCCGAAUCCGCUAAAGAUAACAAUAAAAGGACACACCAUUAUCGUAUACAAUUUUAAUAAAUAUAAAAAAAUAUGAUUUUGAUUAAUAUAAAACA